UACUGAGGUAACCGCCUGUAUAAACUAUAUUAAAAUAUGAUAUUCUAGAAAAUAUUUUCUCGGUUUCAUAACAAGUCACAGUAUUAGAAGCAAUCUAUUCGAAACACGCACAUUAAUCGGGUUAAAAUGAUAAAUUAAUUCGAGGAGGAACGAAUAUUAUUGUCGAAUGCUGUUACUUACUCCUUUGGGCCUACAGAGGGCGACAGACACACACAACUUUUAAAUAAUUAUUGUUAAAUAUAUGAAUAAUACGCUAGGCUAUAUGAAGUAGUAGCUAUAAUAUGUGUAGCCUAAUAAAUAAACCUUUUUGUAAUAAUUAAGAGCACGCCAGUGGAAAAACACGAUUAUCUACGUGAUUUAAAACGUGAUUUUUAAUUUUUUUUUAGGUAGCCUAAUACAAUAAUUGUGCGAAGUAAUAAUAUUAUCAUGUGUUUAUGGGACAUUAAAACAUUUUACAUUUGCACGUGUCAGUCAGGAAUAUCGGAAGUCAAAUUAAAUAAGGGCCCCCAUUUCUAUUAUUUUAUAAUUUUUAAUAUUUUUAAUGUUGGUUUUGUAAAGUAGGCUACAUCAAGUAGCAACAUUUCAAUGCACUCUAUGAAAAGUUGUGUUUUUCUGAGGAUGCAUGGAUCAGUGGGUGCGUCUACACUGAUGCUGUGAAUCCUGCCAGUGUCGAGUCUCCAUCAUCAUCUUCAUCACUGCAGUAAGAAGCAGCAGCAGCAUCAGCAUCACUGCUCGGAGUCACAGCAUCUGCGAGUCUCUCUGCCAUUAGAUCUGCAUCACAGCUGAAACACGGGACGCAUCGGGGCUGCACAGGAGAACCAGCAGGAGAACAUACACAAGUUUCCCCGCGAUGGUGCCUUUAUUUUUGUUCCUGGUCGUCCGCAUUGGCGCGUCCAUCCCACAUCCGACAUCCGCGGGUGAAGUAUGCGAACCGGUUCCGUGUGAGAACAGUGCUGACUGUCCCAGUGCACCAGCUGAUGAAAAUGUUGCUUCAUCAGGCUGGGAAGAGCAAUCUGUAAUUGGGCCCUGCCGCCCGAACCCCUGUCACAACGGAGGGGUGUGUGAACCCAGUGAGACCUACCGCGGCGACACUUUUGUCGGGUAUUUGUGCAGGUGUCCACUUGGCUUCGAUGGUAUCCACUGCCAACACAAUGUUAACGAGUGUGAGAAAAAUCCAUGCAAAAAUGGAGGCAGCUGCACAGAUCUGCGAGCAAACUACACCUGCCAGUGUCCCGGCGAAUACAUGGGGCGGAACUGUCAGUACAAAUGUUCUGGGCCUUUAGGGAUGGAGGGGGGGAUCAUUUCGAACCAGCAGGUAACAGCUUCCUCCACACAUCGAGCUCUGUUCGGCCUGCAGAAGUGGUUUCCUUACUUCGCCCGACUCAACAAGAAGGGCCUCGUCAAUGCUUGGAGCGCAGCCGAGGGUGAUCGAUACCCAUGGAUUCAGAUAAAUCUACAGCGGAGGAUGAGGGUGACCGGACUGAUAACACAGGGUGCCAAGCGAAUCGGAAGCCCAGAGUACGUGAAAUCAUAUAAAGUGGCGUACAGCGACGACGGGAAGGCCUGGAGCAUGUUUAAAGUCAAGGACACGGAUGAGGACAUGAUAUUCACUGGAAAUACUGAUAAUAACGCUCCCUCGGCCAACUCCUUCAGUCCACCAAUCGAAGCGCAGUACAUCCGCAUUUACCCACAAGUCUGCAGGAAGCACUGCACACUUCGAACGGAGCUUCUGGGCUGUGAGCUCACAGGAUGCUCAGAGCCCAUGGGGAUGAAGACCGGACACAUCCAGGACUAUCAGAUCACCUCCUCCAGUGUGUUUCAGACCCUGAACAUGGACAUGUUCUCCUGGGAACCAACCAAGGCCAGACUGGACAAACAGGGCAAGGUCAACGCAUGGACAUCAGCCCAUAAUGACCAAUCCCAAUGGCUGCAGGUGGAUUUGCUGAUUACCACCAAAAUCACAGGAAUUAUCACCCAAGGAGCCAAAGAUUUCGGGCAUGUGCAGUUUGUCGGUUCCUAUAAAGUGGCGUUCAGUAAUGAUGGAGAGAAAUGGAUCAUAUAUCAGGAUGAGAAACAACAGAAGGAUAAGAUCUUCCAAGGAAACUUUGACAACGAAACACACAGAAAGAAUGUGUUAGAUCCGCCGAUCUACGCCCGAUUCAUCCGGAUUCUUCCGUGGUCGUGGUACGGACGCAUCACUAUGAGGGCGGAGCUUCUGGGGUGUCCGGAGGACCAGUGAAACCGCGGCACACUCUAUGACUGUGUAAAAAUAACAUUUCUAAUGGUGAUCUUUCAAGGUCUGAAUCGAAAAUGAAAGAUCUUUUGAUUACAGUCGAUGAUAGUCAAUGAUUGUGAUGACUUUGAAUGGAUUUUUUUUUUUUUGCUCUGGAAAUUGCUACGACUUACGAUGCUUUUCAAAUGUUAUUCUCACUGUACAACGGACUAAUUUAGAAUAUUAUCAGAAAUAGGUCAAUUGAAUUCACUCAGGUCAAAGGUCACAUGCUAGAAUAGUUCAAGUACAUGAUUUAUGAAUAUAAGGAGGAGCUGAGAACUGUUGUUGCUAUUCUUAUAAAUUUAUGUAUAUUAACUACUAAAUGGUGUCAUUUGUAAUUUAUUCAAAUUCAAUCAUGCAAAAUUGAUGAAUGAGAAGUAUAGGAGAGUGGGGUAAACCGUGCCGAAUAUCAAGAUUGACUUCACAUGGAUUGGCUAUAACGAAAACAAUAAUGUUAACUAUAUUAGCGUCCAUGCAAUGCAUGAUAUCAUUCUGUUUAUUAUAAGCACGCACUGCAGUUUGUUGUCAGAUCUACGGUUGUUUAGCAAUUUUUUUGUGGGUAAAAUCCACGAUUGGGAAUGUUUGCAAGAUUUUCCCUCAGUGAUUUACCUGCGGUUUCACAUUGGCCACACUACUAAACUAAAUUUGUAUUGAUUUAUGUAUUCUAAUCUAAAUAAAAUUUCCAACCAUUUGGAUUACACAGUUUUAACAUAAAAAACCUUCAAAACUUAAAAUGAUUCAUAUUUAGAUACACAAUAACCACAUUUAUUGUCAGUAAAACCAAUUUGUUUCAAUCUCAUACAUUUUAAAUUGCUUGUUUUUACAGCUAGCUAUUUCUUUUUUUUUUUUAUUCAUGUACAUACUUUUUAAGUGAAUAAAUUCACUUGAUUUCAUAAUGAACAAAUUAAAACCAAUUCUAAGCAGUUUGAAUAAAGGCAUUUUGAAAACACGAUUAUUUAAAUGAAAUCAAAUAGGUGCAAUAGUUAAUAAUACAAAAAAAAAAAAACAUGCCAUAAUUUGAUCCGUUCCAUUUAUGCAUAACUAACAAAUAUGCAUCUCAAGACGUUUAUUAGUUUAUGUUAAAACGGUGUAUUUCAAAUGGAUGGAAAUUUUAUAUGCAACUCAAAUUCAGAAAUUUAAAAUUUAGGCUGUAUUGAUGAUAGACAAUGGACCUUUUUUGCUGCAAAAUAUUGCUAAUGACCGCACCUUAAUACUUAUAUUUCGGGACGUUGACUGAAAUAAGGAAUAAGUGUCUGAUAAUAGUGGUUCAGUGACACAACUUGCCCCAUGUUAGGGGUAAAAGGUAUUUUGACAUGAUUUUCACAAACCAGCCCCAAAACAGGGUUAAUAUUCAGAAUAUUUUUUACAGCUUAUUCUACAAAAAUGAUGCAGUUUGCUAGAUUAGGGGUGACACAUCUUACCCCACUCUCUCCUACAUCUGCAGGUAGAAUUACUUCAACACAAUGUAGCGUUCAGUAUUCCAUAUAUAUAUAUAUAUAUCCACAGAAACAACUUAAAGUUAACAUGAAAUCAAAAUUAAAUCAGUUCCAUUGUACCAUUUUGCUCAAAAAUGUGUCACGUCAAAUGGGUUUCAUGUUGACUUUAACUUGAACAAGUGAGAAUAAACCAACAAUCUUUUUCUUUUUUUCCUUCUUUUGUAGUGUUUUUGAAAACCUGUAAAUACAAGACGAUAUAACGCAAGAGCAGUUUGGUAUAAUCUAUACUAGCUUUCUAUUUCUUCAUUGCUGUAUUCACUGGACAGUUAUUGAACAGACCUGAUUAUACCGUACUGUAAUAUUACUGAACCCUUAAUGGUCAUUUUAACAAUAAAAAUCAAACUGUGAGACCGUUCUGGCAAGUUACGCUUCUUUAUCCACCGAGUCUGAACAUGUAUAAGGACAUUUAGUUGCUGCAAAUAUAUUCCGUUUUCGCUGAUGUUUUCACUUUGCAUACUUCAAUAACCACAACAAGCACAAAGCCUGACCUUGAGCGCACGAUCCCUGAAAUUUCAAAACAUAUGCAUGGGAAAGUUAUUGGGUGAGGACUGGAGUUUCAUGUAUAUUCUGCAAGACUUUGUGCUGUGUAUUAAUUCUGAUUCACACCAAUCUGAAAUGCGUGAACUGCUUUAUGCAACCUGGCAUGUGGUUUGCUGCUGGUCUAAAGUGGUCUACCAGAUCGAAAUCCAGACCAUCUAAACCAGCGCAGACCAGCUAAUGACCAUAAAUGAGCAGCUGGUUUAAUUGUAUUAGUUUUAGUUAACAAUAGCUGACAUUUACUAAUUAAAUUUUUAAUUAUUUAGCUUUAAUAUAUUUUUAGUACAUUUAUACUUAAACAUGUUUAUUUUAGUUAGUUGCCAAGGCAAC